AUGAGUCAAAGUACUCAGCUUUCGACGACGAUAUCCCAGUAUAUUGCAUCAACAGAUGAGGAAGACGGGAGACCUUUUAGUCGUUCUUUGGCAUCGAUAUUGUCGCUGAGAUCAUCGACUUUGCUUCAAUUUAUUCAAGGUUUGGGGCCCAUAUUGACGUCUGAGUCGGAGCUUGCUCGUUCUAAAGCACUAGAGUGCCUUGCCACCACGUUGGAGGAAGUGGAUCCGGCGGUGAUCUCGAAACAGGAUGUUUCGGUGCUCAUUGAUUUCCUCAUCGCCAAACUCGAUGACACUACUUGUGUGUUAUAUGUCUUGAGAGCACUAAUUACCAUUAUCAAGUUGAGCUCGUUCAAGCCCAGCGUAAACGGAAACCUAGAAAAGGUAAUAGCUGCUUUGUCUACAAAGUACGAUCCAAGAAAGCACCUUGCCAAAGUCAGGUACCACUCGUUCAAUCUCAUUCAAACUGCACUCGAGACACAUUACCCUUAUAUUCACACCCACCAGACGGAAAUUGCCCAAAAGAUUGUCGAAGCGUUCAUUCACAUUGCCAGUGGUGAGAAGGAUCCCCGGAAUCUUCUCAUCUCGUUUGCUAUCAAUACAAAGUUGAACACCAUGUUUGACUUUGAUCCAACCACUCACAAACAGCUCAUAAACGAUCUCUUUGACGUCUGCUUCUGCUACUUCCCCAUAACAUUCACCCCGCCACCUAAUGAUCCGUACAAAAUCAAAGCCGAGGAUUUGAAGGGCUCUUUGGAAUCCACAAUUGCAUCUCAGUCUCUUUUCGCAAGUGACGCUUUCAGUGGCUUGCUCGAAAAGUUGACGUCGACAAACCCAGUAGUGCGCAAUGAUGUGCUAAGAACCCUUUACUUGUGCGUUGCCAACUACCAGUCUGAUGUCGUUUUGGCUCACUGGUUGAGUAUCUGGAGCGCAUUAAAGUUUGAAAUUCUACAUAAUGACGUUUCAAUCUUCCAAUCCACUGCUACCGAAAUUAUACCUGAAGGAUACGAGCUUAUCGACGACACGGACGAUAGCAAAGUCCUCAUCCAGACAUUGGCGGUUAUCAGAGAACUCCAGAGACAAAUCAUCAAACAAGAUGUAUCCCAGCAUAAGCACGUUGAAAAUGGCGAGCAUGAUUUCAAUUAUACCAACAAGUUCUUAAAGUCUGUUACUGCUGACUUGAAGGAGUCUGUGGCUACUGUAAGCAAGUCAUUCAAGCAAGCUGUCAUCAUUUUAGCACUUCUUGGUGCUGAGUCGCCUGAACUGUUUUCUGUCAUAGUUGGCUUCCAAUUCUCUCCAGAAAUAUGGGGCAAGUACAUUGGAGGUGACGAGCGCCAACCGGAUGUAGAAAUGGAUAUCAACGAACUGGCAAUCUUGAAUGUUUCCAAGCAACGUGAAUUGAUAGACUGCCUUGGAUUUGUCUUGAUCUCAUUUAGACUCUUGACUUCAGCCGGUGUAUCAGAAGAGUUCAUGGAGAACAACAAGCUUUUAGCUUACAAAGACCAUUUGCUCUUAUUCCUCGGUCAAUUACUACAGACAACCUCCAAUAUCGAAAAGACUUUAAAGUGCAAAAUUGUUCAACAAUUGAUAGCAUUAAUACAAUUACCUGGCUUAUUGACGGUUCAAGAGGUAACGUUAAUAUUUGGUUACUUCAAAGAUAUAUUGUCUCAGUUAGAAAGAGAAAACCAUGAUUCUUGGGAUGAAGAUAUUGUGGUGAAGGAGAUUAUUAAAGGAUCCGUAAGCGUUGUGGAGGAUACUACCCCAGCAAACGCACCAAAGAAAACUGUGGUUACGGAAACCUUGCUACCAUUUUUGAUGGACCUAAUUGUUCCCGAGGCUAGUUCCAAUGCUAUUGGCAAAGCACUUGGGGUCAUCAAGAGCUUGUCAAUACACCACCAAUUCUUGGAGGUGGUUUCAAUCCGCCUUUUAAAUAAGAUCACACAUUUCUUACAACUGAGCAUCUCAAUUGAAACAAAGGCCGAUGCUUUCAAGGAAAUCUGCCAGACAUUGCUGGAAUCGAUAAUGAAUACGCAAGCGAUUUUCCAGUUUCUGACAAAUUCGUGGUAUAAAAAUUUUGUUCCACGCUUCCUCAGAAGUUUCUUCGACUUAUGGUCACAGAAUCAGCAACCCGAUGUCGCUGCUGUGGAGGCAGCUGGCAAUUUGGUGGGAGUAAUUGUCAGAUUUCUCGAUAAAAGCAAGCACCAAACUUCAUUGAAUGAAUUAACUACAUUAUUCUUACUUCCGCAAAACAGCUUCCAACUUCCAGCUGCUCAGAUUUCAGUCUCUAGUUCUCCGUUGGUUGGUCUUUUCAACCAGAUUAUAGCAAAUGUCGAUAAAUCUGUAUCGUUCGAAGAAGCUGCUUCACCAAUAGUGGUAUCUGAGUUGAUCAACGACAUCACUUGUCGAUGCCAAGAUUCCGAAAUAGACAAUGGGUAUACUCGUUUAUGUUACUUGCAAAUGUUGGCAAUUUUGUCCAACAAGUUGGUAAAGGAUGCUACCUUGUUUGACCCCUACCUUCAACCAACAUACGACGAUAUUUCCACUGAGACUGGAAAGUUACCUUUGAACAAGGUUCAAAAAUUCGAAGUCCUCGUUUGGAUUACAAAAGGGCUUGUGAUGAAGUUAGACCAGAAGGGUAUGGAACUCACACAAAAACUUGUGAGUCUUUUGUCAAAUGCCAAUAAUGAGGUUCAACAAUUGACAUCGAGAUGCUUGGGAAUUCUUGUGUGUGAUCUUCCCAUCUUCACGAUAUCGAGUACAUCAAAGAAGCAAGUGAAGCUUGGCUCUGGGGUGACUCCUACAAACGUCCGUUUGUUGUACAAACAAAGAUUAUUCGACACAUUGCUUCCAUUGCUAAUGGAAGGUUACCAGAACACCAAAGAUGAAGUCUACCUCGUUUCAUUGUCAAUCUUGGUUGAAAAUGUUCUGUCUUCUUUGUUGAAGGGCCACUUGGAUGAACUUUCUUCGAUGGUGACAAACAGUUUACCCAUUAAUAAUCCUGUGAUUGUCGGUUCCGCUCUCAAAACUUUGAAGAUUCUUAUAGACGAAGCACCCGAAUUGGUGAAACCUCAUCUCAACACCAUUAUCGAGAGAUUAAUAGCUCUUGUCGUUCAGAAGAUUGUUGCUGGAAAGAGAUUAGUAAAUGCUGAAAACGUUCGAUGUGAAGCAUUGGUAUGUUUGUUAAAAAUUUUCCAAAACCUUGAGUUGGAAUACACCGUUCCAUAUCAAAAGGGAACGAUCAAAAAGCUCGAGCCAGCCUUGGACGAUAAAAAGCGGCUGGUGCGUAAAUACUGUUGCGACUUAAGGCAAGUUCUUUACGAGCUAGGCAGAUAA